AUGCUCUGGUCGACAGUUCUCGUGUCCGCUGUGACCUUUGGCGCACAUCUGGUGCAAGGCCAAUAUAUAGAGGAGCAAGUGUAUCCUUCACCCAAUGCCACCGGUGCUGGAGGUUGGUAUACAGCGUUUCAGAAAGCGUCUACUUCCACAGCGCAACUGAACCUCGCAGAAAAGGCCUUCCUGGUGACUGGUGUUGAAGGACCUUGCGUAGGAAACAUUGCCGCCGUUCCACGCAUAGGAUUCAAGGGUCUCUGUUUACAGGAUGGACCUUUAGCCAUUCGGCAAGUCAGUUAUGCGAGUGUGUUCCCUGCGGGAGUAUCUGUGGCAGCGACCUGGGAUCGAGAUUUACUCUACCACCGCGGUGUUGAGAUGGCCGCAGAGUUCAAAGGGAAAGGUGCCAAUGUUGCUUUAGGCCCUGUUGCUGGUCCUCUCGGACGAUCUGCUCUCGCAGGUAGAAAUUGGGAAGGCUUUUCCCCCGACCCGUACCUCACGGGGGUUGCCUUUGCAGAAACGAUCAAAGGGAUCCAGUCCCAGAAAGUCCAAGCAUGUGGCAAACACUUUAUCGGCUACGAGCAAGAAACACAGCGGAAUCCGAGUACUUACCGAAAUGGAACUAUCGAACAAGAAGCCGUAUCAUCUAACAUUGAUGACCGCGUCAUUCAUGAACUCUAUUUAUGGCCCUUUGCUGAAGGCGUUAAGAGCGGACUAUCCUCGAUAAUGUGCAGCUAUAACCGCAUCAACGAGACAUAUGCCUGCCAAAACAGCAAGACUCUCAAUGGUCUUCUGAAGGAUGAACUCGGUUUCCAAGGCUAUGUCGUGUCCGACUGGGCCGGAACCCACUCAGGCGUCUCUUCGGUUUUGUCCGGGUUGGAUAUGGAUAUGCCUGGAUCUAUUGGCUUCGAGAAUGCGAGCGUUAGCUCCUAUUUCGGGAACAACAUCACGGCAAUGAUCAAUAAUGGAAGUGUUCCAGAAGCGCGGCUCAAUGAUAUGGUGAGGCGUAUCCUUACGCCGUAUUACUACCUCCACCAAGAUUCUGAGGACUAUCCCACUGUCGACCUCGACACUGCGCAGAUAUCAUACGGAAUGUUCGGAGGCGAGCUUCCGACGUUCUCGUAUCCUUUCAAUCUCGGAAACCUUACGAACAUCAACCGCGAUGUACGCAGUGACCACAGCGAUUUGAUUCGGGAAAUCGGCGGAGCAAGUGCAGUUCUUCUAAAGAACACCAACAACACGCUGCCAUUGUCGAAACAAAUCAGACGUAUCUCGGUCUUUGGGAAUGACGCUGCUGACAUAUCAGGUGGACCGUAUGACCCAGAAAACACGAUUGGUGUCCAAGCUGUUGGCGGUGGCUCUGGCUCGGGUCGUUUCACGAAUCUCGUAGCACCACUGGAGGCAAUCAAGCAGCGCAAUCCUCAGGCCCUGGUACAGUAUGUCACCGACAACAAACUCUUGACUCAAGACCCAUCAGGAACUCUAGACACUGUCUACCCCGGCGCAGAUGUCUGUCUCGUGUUCCUCAAGACAUACGCCACCGAGGGCGAAGACCGCACAAACUGGCUUCUCGAUGACAACUCCACUGCCGUUGUUGAGAGUGUAACGAGUUAUGGCGGAUGCUCCGAAACCGUCGUCGUCUCCCACUCCGUUGGCCCUAAUACCCUGCCAUGGGCAGACAACGAGAAUAUCACCGCUAUCGUGGCUGCACAUUUGCCAGGAGAUCAAGCUGGAAACGCCAUUGUCGACGUACUGUUCGGCGACGUCAACCCAUCUGGGAAGCUCCCAUACACAAUUGCCUACAACUCAAGUGACUACAACGCACCAAUCGUCAAUUUCACGGACGUCGAUAACAGCGACCCAAACUUAUGGCAGUCUAACUUUACCGAAAACUUGCUGAUUGACUAUCGCCACUUUGACUACAACAAUAUCACGCCACGGUACGAAUUCGGAUAUGGACUGUCCUACACAAGCUUCUCUGUGUCCAAUCUUCAAAUAUCGACGAGUUAUCCUAGCGGUGGGGACGUCUCACCAGUGCCACGCCCUCUGAAUGGAACGAUCGCCCCGCCUGGAGGCAAUCUAGACCUUUACACUGUUCUUGCAAAUGUUCAAAUCACCGUUCAGAACACGGGAAAACUGGCAGGUCGCGCUGUGCCUCAGAUCUACAUCGGAUUCCCUCAAACAGAAGACGUCGACGAAACCUUACCAACACCCGUCAAAGUGUUACGUGGUUUUGACAGAACCGAGCUUCUGCAGCCCCAAGAGUCGGUUACUUUGAAUUUCGACUUGCGGCGGAAGGAUGUUUCGUCGUGGGACGUUGUAAAGCAGGAAUGGGUGAUCCCAUCAGGAGCUUUUACUGUGAUGGCUGGAUGGAGCAGUCGCGAUUUACCUCUGAACAGAGCUUUGAGAUUGCUCUAA